UGUUGAUUCUACUUAUAAGAUGUCUAUGGACACGCCUCCUCUGCUGGCAUUUUAACUCGGGAGAUGUUCAAGUGUCUUCUGGAAAGUUGACAAUUAAUGCGGGGUGGAUAAGAUGGCGAAGAGGCUGCUCAUCAUCGACACGGACUGCGGCAUAGAUGACGCCCAGGCCAUCAUGGUGGUGUUUGGGAACACGUCAGUGGACAAUGUUUGCCAGAAUGUGUUAAAAGUGCUCUCCGUGUGUGAGCGGGAGCAGAUCCCGGUUUUCCGAGGUUCCGCCGGGCCUCUUGUGGGGAACGACGACACCCUCAGCCACAACCACUUCGGGACGGAUGGCCUCGGAGACGUCCUGGAGGACAAGGACCCGCUGUGGGAGGAGAGGAUCCAGAGAGAAGGUGCGGUGGCUGCCAUGAUCAGACUGGUGACGGAGAACCAGAACCAGGUGAGCCUGGCGGCCCUCGGACCCACUAAUCUGGCCCUGGCUGUCAAAGUGGAUCCAAGUUUCCCUCACAAACUCAAAGAUCUUCACAUCAUGGGCGGCAACAUGGAAGGCAAAGGUAACCUGACGCCGUGUGCAGAGUUCAACUUUGCCAAGGACCCCGAGUCUGCGUACAUUGUUGUGGAGGAGUUCCUCUGCCCGACCCGCCUGGCAUCGUGGGAAUAUUCCUGCAAGAACGCUCUGACGUGGGAGUUCUUCGAGGAGCUGGUCAACCAGGACAGCCCCACCACCCGCUUCAUGAAGACCAUCACCACGUCCAGGUGCUGGGCCUACUCCAGAGAGGUAAAGUACAUCAACUUACCUGAUGCAGGGGAUACAUGGUAG